GGGAGCGAGUUUUCAGCGAGGACGCGCUUCGGACGGCAAGACGCUUCGGCCCCGCCCAUCUCCCUCGCCCCCCUAUGUCUUGUCUGAUUGGACAACAAGAGUUCUGCGUCACUGCAGCGUAUUCUCUGGUUGGCUGUACUGAAUUUGCGGGAAGAAAGAAAAGAGAGUGACUAAUUAGUGGAGUUUCUUUCAGGUUAGCCCGGUUGUAGUGAGGUUUAGAAGUUAAAGACAAGUUUAAAAGACUUUAUUUGAAAGAAACAUCAACAUGGAGGCCUGUGAGGAUAACAGGGAGGUGUUGGAGGUUUCCGACAGGUUGGAAAAAUCUCUGUCCAUGGAUGCAGAAGACAAGAUGGAAAAGUACAGGAGGUUGAUUUCAGAAGGUAAAGCUGUUGCCAAACAAGGAGACAUUCAACAAGCUUUGAAGCUGUUCAAACAGGCGUACAACAUUCACCAAACUCCUAAACUAGAGGACAGGAUUAAGAAAAUAGAAGAACUGCUGUCUGAGAAUGACUUGGAGGAUGAAGAUGAUGAGUUUGUCAAUGUGAACAACAGCGGCUUAAUGCUGUUUAAAGAACUGCAUGACAAGCUGUACGACUAUCAGAAAGAUGGAGUUUCCUUUCUGUACGGCCUUUACAGGGAUGGUCGAAAAGGAGGAGUUCUGGCUGACGACAUGGGGCUCGGGAAGACCAUCCAAAUUAUAUCUUUCCUCUCUGGCAUGUAUGACAACGAGCUCAUAAGACACACACUGCUGGUUAUGCCAACAUCCCUCAUCACAAACUGGAUCAAGGAGUUCAGCAAGUGGACUCCUGGUAUGAGGGUGAAGGAUUUUCAUGGUACCAGUAAAUCAGAGAGGACCAGGAGUUUGGAGAAGGUUCAGAACAGAGGAGGUGUGAUCAUCACCACCUACACCAUGCUGAUUAGCAACUGGCAGCAGCUGGCCUCUUAUCGGGGAAAGGAGUUCUGUUGGGACUACAUGAUCCUGGACGAGGCACACAAGAUUAAAAACUCUUCCUCCAAAACAGCCAAAAGUGCCUACGCCAUUCCCUCCAAGAACAGGAUUCUCCUUACAGGAACUCCGGUGCAGAACAACCUCAGGGAGAUGUGGACACUCUUUGACUUUGCCUGUAUGGGAAGUCUCCUGGGAACAGCCAAGACUUUCAAAGCAGAGUAUGAGAACCCCAUCACCCGCGCCAGGGAGAAGGAUGCUACUCCUGGAGAAAAAGCUCUUGGCUCCAGGAUGUCCGAGAACCUCAUGACCCUAAUAAAACCCCACUUCCUCCGUAGAACAAAAUCAGAAGUACAGAAGAAGACUGCUGGAAAAGAGGCAGACUCAGAACCUGAUAACCACCAAGACUCUCAAGAUCAGCCAACCUCUGGGAAAGUCAUGCCCAAGCUGACACGGAAGAAUGACCUAAUUGUCUGGACUUACCUGAGUGUCGUUCAGGAGGACAUUUACAGGAAGUUCAUCAGUUUGGACCACAUCCAGAAGCUGCUAAUGACCACCAGAUCACCUCUGGCUCAAUUAAACAUCCUAAAGAAGUUGUGUGACCAUCCAAGACUGCUCUCUGACAGUGCUAUAGCAAAGUUAGAUCUGGAAGAAAAUCCUGACGUUGAAGAUGGUGAGGUUGAUGCACACAACAUUGCAAACCUUUCAGAUGAAACUUUAAUGUCUGAGUCUGGAAAACUCGUCUUUCUGUUGGCUCUUCUGGAGCGGCUCAGAGAGGAAGGCCAUCGAACGCUGGUUUUUGCUCACUACAGGAUGGUCCUUGACAUCCUUGAACGGAUCCUUGGGAACAGAGGGUUUAAAGUGCUGAGGUUGGAUGGAACCAUCAUGCAGCUCAGAGAACGAGACAGACUGAUCUCUCUCUUCCAAACCGACAAACGUUACUCCGUGUUUCUCCUCACCACCCAGGUUGGAGGAGUGGGCCUCACCCUGACAGCGGCAAACAGAGUGGUUAUCUACGAUCCAAGCUGGAACCCAGCCACAGACGCUCAGGCUGUUGACAGAGCGUACCGGAUUGGCCAGAAAGAAAAUGUAGUGAUCUACAGGCUGAUAACCUGUGGAACGGUGGAGGAGAAGAUCUACAGGCGGCAGGUUUUUAAAGACUCCCUCAUCAAGCAGAACACUGGAGACGCAAAGAACCCGUUCAGGUACUUCAGCAGACAGGACCUGAAGGAGCUCUUUACCCUGGAGGACCCCAGGUCUUCAACCACCCAGCUUCAGCUGCAGGCUCUGCACUCCAGGCACAGAUGGACCGACCCGACUCUGGAUGAGCACAUCGCUCAACUACAUGCUAUGCACAUGUUUGGGAUUUCUGACCACGACCUCAUGUUUUCUCUUGAGGUCAAUCAUGAUGAGGAUCCAGAGGACCAAGAGGAGCAUCACUACAUCAAUGGACGGGUCCAGAAGGCCCAGGAGCUGAUGAAGGCAGAGUCUCAGCUUCAAAUGCAGCUGGUGGAGAGCAUGGCCUCCAGCACAGAACCGGCCUGGCUGAGACAACCGCUGGACAACAACGAACACAAGUCCAGCAAGAAGAAGCAAACAAUCCCAAAACCAGGUCUUUCAUCUCCACCACCUGACAGGAACUUCAACGUGUUGCCUGUGGUGGUGGAUCUGGACCAGUCCGGUUCUGGAGGAGAAGAACCGCAUCAGAAUCUGAGCAAUGAAGUUAUUGAUCUCUCUGCAGAAACCUCUACAGAACUGAUUGGCAUCGGAAGAUUUGUCCCUCAGCUACAGAUUAGCUCAGAUGAGAAGAGUGAUGGACCAAGCAGAACCUCCCCCUCCGAGACCAACUUCAACCACAUCACUGUUCCACAGAACAGAAGAGAUUCUGACCUCCAACAGCCUGAAUCCUGCUCCAAAGCAGAACUAUCCAGACUGAGCCCUGAGCCUGAAGCUUCUCACGGAAGCUUUAACCUGGUGCUGGAGGACAGCAUUGAUGUUCUGGAUGCUGCAGACACCGAGGAAGAGGAGCAGAAGCUGCUGUCUGAGCUUCAGAUCAACGGCAGCUUUGAUGUUAACAAGUCUCUAUCAGAGAGUCGGAGCAGACGGACCGUCAGCAGCUGCAGAGCUUCAAAUGUGGACGAGUCCAUCAAUGAGUCCAUCGUGACCACCAAGAAGAAGAGAGCAGCCGUGAUUUAUGACAGUGAUGAAGAGGAGGAACCGAGGAGUCCGCUUAGCCACUCCUUCCAGGUGCUCGGAUCUUCCACACCUAAACUAUCUCCUCCUGGUUCAUCUACUCGCACAUCAAGAAAGAUCGUUGGAGGAAACACGUCUGUAGUUUCCCAUCGUUCCCUCCUUCAGUCCGUCAUCGAGGACAUCGAUGAUCAGGAUGUCCAGGAUGAAGAUGAGAAUGAUGAAGAUAACGGUGAAACAUUUUCUGAGGUGGACUGUGAGCCUGGAGAGACUUUGCAUUCAGAGGAGGAGGAAGAGGAGGUAAAUAAUUCAGCAGAAGACAUGAAGUUUAACUUGGAAGAAGAGGAGGAUGGUGGAAUGGAGACCGAGGAUGAAGAGGACCAUGAUGUAUCAGACCAGCUUUCUGCAGCAGGAGAGGACAGCUGGGUCGGUUCUACUCGGGAUGAGCUUCAGCUGGAAGAAACCAGCAGGGAGGAGGAGGAGGAGGGGAUGAAGGAUCACACAGAGUCAACUAACGUUGCAUCAUCUGAGGACCUGAGCUCCAGCCUGGAGGAGUUGAGCAGUGAGCCUGAGUUGACCUCUGGAGAGCCUGAGUUGACCUCUGGAGAGCCUGAGUUGACCUCUGGAGAGCAGAUGGACCAAUGCGCCGCCAAGUCCAUUGUGGAGUCUGACAGCUACGAGUCGCUGGUCCAAAGAGGGAAGGACUGCUACAGCCAGGCCCGGCUGGACGACGCCCUGAGCUUCUUCCUCAGAGCCAUCGACAUCCAGCCAGGAGAUUCUGAAGUCCAGUUCAUGACCAUCCAGCUGUACCGGCAGCUCAGUCAGAACCGAUAACAGAACGUCUCUGGGUUCAGACUGACUCUGAAGGUUCCAAAACCAUCAUCAGAACCAGCUUGUUCCAGCUGGGUUUCUGUUGCCAAAUGCACGGUGAUCCGAUACAGAUUCUUUAAAAAGUGAACGGUUCCUGUUUUGUUCACAGAACAUCUGAAAUAUUUCCCAGCUGGACUUCUGAGUGGACCCAGAUAACAGAACCAGGUUUUUCUUACGUCGUCGUGACAAAUCUGAUCUAAUAAAGAAGAUAAUAUAGGUUUUACUGUUGAAAUGAUCCAGAAAAUGUUGCAAUAAAAUUAGAGUUUUAAAUAUU